AUGACCUCCUCGAUCGUCUACAACUCCAAUGAUGCUGGUCUUCGCCAGCGUCAGAGGCCUGCGUCCUCCGCCGCCCACACCGAGGACCUAAAUGCCUCACUUCUCAGAGACGACCAGUCUCAGUCGUCUGACAUCAGUCAAGAUCUAGACGUUGACCAGAAACCCAACAAGACCUUUGGUCGUACUCCUGAUGGUACAGUCUUUACCGUUCCUACGACCCAUGACAUGGUGUCGCAGUUGCUCGACCCGAGACAACCCAAGAAUCUUUCCGAUUUGCUGGUCCUGGCCAUCCUCGCCCUACAGAUCGGCGCCGCCUACUUCAUCCCGGCCUCUUGGAAACGCCCCGUCUUUGCGCUCGUCUUUCUCUUCUGGAGAGCAGCCUAUAACAUCGGCAUUGGCUAUCUUCUCACCAUUCAAUCCCAACACCGCAGGUUGGAGACGUGGGCUGCUAGAUGGAAACUCUUUGAGCAUCCCAGCUCUGGCAAGCAGCCAAGGCCCUGGCUCUAUAACAUGCUCAAGCGAGAACUUGAGGCAAAGAUACCUGAAGAUUACAGCUUCGAGAAGGCUCCUAUGGAGUACAACACCUGGCUCGUCUUCCGCCGUGUUGUCGAUCUGAUCUUGAUGUGUGACUUCGUGUCCUACUGUCUCUUUGCCAUCAUCUGUGGUCACACCCCCGAGGGCGAGAGCCUCCUGCUCGGUGCCGGUCGAUGGAUUGUCGGCAUCCUGCUCGUUCUCUUCAACUUGUGGGUGAAGCUAGACGCUCACCGGGUCGUGAAGGACUAUGCCUGGUACUGGGGUGACUUCUUCUACCUCAUUGACCAAGAGCUGAACUUUGACGGCGUGUUCGAGAUGGCUCCUCAUCCCAUGUACUCAAUUGGGUACGCUGGCUACUACGGCAUUUCCAUGAUGGCUGCCAGUUAUGAGGUGCUCUUCAUUUCCGUCGUUGCACACCUCGCCCAAUUUGCCUUCUUGGUGAUCGUUGAAAACCCUCACAUUGAGAAAACCUACAAUCCUCCUGCCCCACGCAAGCGAACCGUGUCGACUGCCGUCGGUGAGAAAUCCGAGAUUGUCGCUAUCAAGUCGUCCUCAGAUACUGAAGAUGUUUGGGUCGAACAAGCCUCGACAAACAAAGAAGGCCCACCUCAAGUACACAACAUGCUGGGUCUAGGCAACUUCGACUUAUUCCGCAUCACUGACACCUCGGUCCUCUUGCUUGGACUCUACUUGGUUAUCCUUACUCUGGUCACGCCCUCAACCCAAGUUUUUCAGGCCAUAUUCCUGUCGCAUGCUCUGCUCUGGCGCGUGUGGUAUCAUUUGGGUCUCGGAGCGAUCCUCUAUGGGCAAUCCAAGAACAAGUUUUGGACAAGGCACUUCCUCAAGUUCGGCGAGACGCACACUGAGGCUUGGAAUCAAUGGAAGGGUAUGUACCACUUGAGCUUGGUCAUGUCCACAAGUUCCUUUCUGGCAGCUUGCUGGAAGAUGUACUCUCCUCCCGAGGACUGGGCCUACGGCUGGGUUCUGCUCAAGCACGUUGUUGGUGCGGGUCUUGUUGCCCUUCAGAUCUGGACCUCUGUGAGCGUCUACGACUCGCUCGGAGAAUUUGGCUGGUUCUUUGGGGACUUCUUCUACGACUCAACAGCAAAGUUGACCUACAAGUCCAUUUACCGCUUCCUCAACAACCCUGAGCGCAUCUUCGGCACCGCAGGCUUGUGGGGGCUUGCCCUAAUCACUUGGAGCAGAGCCAUCUUCGUCAUGGCACUGAUCAGUCAGAUCCUCACUUUGGCUUUCAUCAACUUCAUUGAGAAGCCGCACAUGCAGAAAAUCUACGGCAGGAGCGUGCGCCAAGAGGCGGGGCUCACCAAAUUCAUCAAGCGGUCUCUUCCCCCACCAGUCCAAGGCUGGCAGCGAGGGGUUGACAAGGUUCUUGACGGCACCGCGCAGUUUAUCGAAGAGUUCCUCGACACCGCGCGCCCCAAAUUUGCCGCAGGCAUCGAGACUAUUGUCCGCGAUACUUCUGCUCUCUUCAACAAGUAUCCCGCGCGGUUGACCAUCACAAGGCUAUCUCCAGACCUUGCAGGCCUCAACCCCAAAUGUUACUCUCUCACGGUUGAAGGCACUCCCUCGAGCCUCUCCGCCGCGAAUGAGCGGGCUACUGGCAAGGAGAGUGUGACGGCGCGUUUCCCUCGCGGUGUUGAGACGCAAAUCUUCGAAUACGGUGCUCCCCUCAAGGUCAAAUGGCGUGCCCCAGCCAAGCACGACAGCAAAGAUUGGAUCGGCCUGUACAUGGUUACCGACAACCACUCCAGGGACAUCACCGAAGUCUCUUCUUUGGGGCGAUGGGUUCCCACAACUCCAGGCAACUAUGACGCAGCCACCGCAGACAAGGCCAUCUUGGUUCCAGACCGUCCUGUAUCGAAGAAGGAUCCGUCAGAAGCUGGUCUUGUGGAGGGCGAGGUCAUUUUUGAGGGAGAUCGCUUGUGGUGGACCCAGGGUGUCUUUGAAUUCCGUUUUCACCACGCUGGCAGUCACAAUGUGAUGAACAUCUCUCAGCCAUUCGAAAUCCGCAUUGGCAAGUUCGACGAAGAGGAUGUUGAGGUAGACGCCAACGGCAUAUACGAACGGGCGGUCGAGGAAGCUCUGCUGCCCGUGGUGCAGAACUGCUGCGACCGUGAUCCCGACAUUGCCCCUAACACGGUAGAAGAAUCGUUUGGCGGCCAUGUUGAGAGGGACGGCAAGUAUGCCAAGCGGAUCGUAUACGCUAUUCACCAGAUGUUUGGCAUUGAGUUUGCUCCCGCAAUUGUGCCAGCUGACGGAAAUGUCAAGAAGAUGGCCUGGAGAAUCUGCAACGCAAAGCAAGUUCUGUAUGUCUGCAUCCAAAGGGACUAG